AGGUCGUGAAACAGAGCAAGCAAGAACAAGAGCAAGAAUAUAUCCAUCCAUACAGCAGCUCAGCCAGCAUAGCUUCCUUUCCUUUCUCCCUGAGGUCCUUCCGUUGCGUUCCAGAAACCAGAAACUUGCAAGCAUGGGCAGAUCUGCUGGAGCUCCUCAGGUCCUCCCGGCGCACCAGAAAGACGAGGACCUGUUCGAGACCUCCUCCUUCUCCUGCGACUCCGACGACGAGGCCCGGUUUUCAGACGGCGAGGACCAGUUUGUGCCGGCUUCCACGCCGCGGAGACUGAAUCCCGAUGGCGUCUACGAUCUGUCGUCCAUGAAGGCUGAUCUCUCUGCCAAGAAAGGAGGGUUGUCCAAGUACUACGACGGAAAGUCCCAGUCGUUCGCGUGCAUGUCCGAGGUGAGGUGCCUGGAGGAUCUGCCCAAGAAGAGCCCCUACAAGAAGAUCAAUUCAUGCAAGAGCUACGUGGAUCUGGACGGGAACCAGACAGUUUGCCCCGUACCUGCUCCCAACACCAGCAGCAAGGGAAUCGCCAAGCAGAGCUCCGUGAGCUCCUGCGCGAAUCUGAUGAUGGCGCGGACCAGCAGCGCCAACGUGCUCUACAGGCCUCCCGCGAUCCCUGUCAACAAGAGCGCGUGCCAUCAGUAGGGCUCGCAGCUGAAAAAAAUGUCUGUCCAGGGCUGGCUUCGCUUCUCUUCUUUGUUCCUUGAUGAGGAUUUUUCUUGGCGGGCGUAUUAGCCUGUCAAAUGUACUAAGAGGCUUUUGCUUCUCUGCUGUUUGGGAAGACAUAUUGUUCAGGAGGACAUUGAUUGAUUCAUCAGUGUGUAAAUAGAGACCGGUUGUAUACCAAACAUUUUCUUUCGAUUAACAAAGAUUAUAUAAGGUCUGAA